GCCGCGUCGUCCCCUCUCUCCAACCUCUUUGCGAGACGUCAACCUCACACAGAACACCGAUACCGCCCCUCGAAAAUACCCCGCCCCUCCCACCGGACACGAGCUCAUGGCGCUCUUUCCUCCAGCACCGCCUGCCAGCUUUCCAGAAAUGAGACCAGGCCCGACAAGUGGCUACUUCCAGCGUCAGGAACGAGCCUUCUUCGCUCAGGCUGGGAAAGAGAUCGUCCGCGUCCGUGUCGAAAUCGACGUACCACACGAAGGCGAGGAUGGCUACGCAAAGGCGAAGAGCAGAGACUCAGUCCCGCCAAACGGUGUCCCUCGGUCGUGGCCACAGCUUCCUUCACAUCCUCAGCACCACUCAUCGCCAUCCCAGACGUCUGCCGCCCCACCACUGCCACAUCCACACGCGGGCUCUUCGAGACAGACUCGCGCUGUGCCGAUUCAGAUGCAGCAAACAUCGCUGUUCCCCAUGACACCUCACGGGCAAGCUGCCCAACCACCACCUAAUCUCCAUGCGCCCACCUCGCACCACACUAGCCUGGGUUUACAGACUCCACCUCAUGACAGCCAUUCCGGCGCGCCAGGAGCGAAAGUGGAGUUUCAGACCGCGGAGGAGUACCGGGAAGAAUCUGACGAAGCCUGGCGAAGACCUAUGCCUUACGCAGACCGCCGACGAGCAGGGAAGCAUACUAGGCGGGUUAUUGUCCGAAAUUGAUGCAGUUGUGAGACCGAAAUAUAUUCUGGUUCAAUCUGAAGAUUGAC